CACCCGCUCCUCGGUGUUUGGGUUUGCGAACCUAAAGCGCCGUCCUGACCCGCCCGCGACCCCAAACAGCCCGGGGGCUGGCGGGGGGGGUGGAGAACUUUUAGAGGGGCCGCUGCGCGCCCGGGGGAGCUGCGGCCAUGGGGGAGCCAGAGCCCGGCGAGGCGCGGGGGGCUGCGGGCAGCCCGGGAGCGGCGGAGCCGCUGCAGAAGCCGCCUUACUCCUACGUGGCUCUGAUCGCCAUGGCCAUCCGGGCCAGCCCCGAGCAGCGCCUUCCCCUCAGCGGCAUCUACGCCUACAUCGCGGGGCGCUUCCCCUACUACCGCGGCUGCCCCAAGGGCUGGCAGAACAGCGUCCGCCACAACCUCAGCCUCAACCCCUGCUUCCGCCGCCUGCCCCGCAGCCAGGCCGGCCCCGCCGCCCCCCGCCGCGGCGGAGACUGGGCGCUGGACCCCGCUUUCCAGGACAUGUUCCCGGAGGGCGAUUACCGGCGGCGCCGCCGGCCGCGCCGCCCCUCGGCCCCGCCGCCCGCCGCGCCGCCCCCCGCCGCGCCCCGGCCGCUGCCCCCGGGCUGCCCGCACGGCCCCUGCCCGGCGCUGGCGCUGCCCUGCGGCUGCCGCUGCUCCGAGCUGCCCGCCUGGGGCCCGCCCGGCUUCCUGGGGCCGCCGGUGGGGCUGCCGGCCUGGCCGCUGCCCGGCGGCCCCGGGGCCAGGGCGGUUCUGCGCCCGGCAGAGCCGGAGCUGGGGGUGACCUGCGAGUGGGGGGCGAAGCUGCUCCCCGCCUUUAAAUGAGACCCCGGCGGGAGAUGCGCUGCCCUGGGACGGGGUGUUGCGGGUUCCGGGGUGCUUCUGCAUCUCGGCUGAAUUUCUGAGAAAGUGACUUAAAAACGCUCAAGCUAUGGGAGACGCCUGAAGGAAGAUUGAUGUGAAAAGU